GCAUGCGCAACCACGCCACAUGGUUGUGAGUAAAGAUGGACGCUGGUUAAUAGCACGAGUGAGACAUUUUACUGUAACGUUAACUACACUUUUCAUAGCGAGUUGAAUAUCACCACAAUCAUUUGAAAGAAACCCCAUUGUCGUUUGUGAGUGAAGAGUGAUUCUUCAAAAAUAAUGGGGAAGUCAAAGACCAAGAACCAGAAGAAAUCGCGUGAAGCUGCCGUUCAUGUGGCAGAGGAGACGUAUGGCAGUGUGCCGCACACAUUCGUGUUUCACCGCGGGCAGAUCGGGAAAAAUGUCGGUCAGCUGGUGAUGGACAUGAGGAGAGUCAUGGAGCCUUUCACCGCUAAAUCUUUAAAGGUGCGGAAGAAAAACGUCUUGAAAGAUUUUGUUACGGUUGCAGGACCAUUGGGAAUCACACACUUCUCAAUAUUCACCAAAACGGAAAACACUGUAAACAUGAGGCUUGCACGACUUCCCAAAGGCCCGACGCUGUACUUCCGUGUUGCUAAGUACACACUUGUCAAAGAUGUGGUAUCAUCUCUGAAGAGGCACAGAAUGCACGAACAGCAGUUUACCAAUCAUCCUUUGCUCGUGCUGAAUAAUUUCGGCACAGAGGGCAUGCAUAUCAAACUAAUGGCCACUAUGUUCCAGAACAUGUUCCCUUCGAUCAAUGUACACCAGAUCCAGCUCAACAGCAUAAAGAGGUGCGUGCUGUUGAAUUUUGACCCAGUGUCUCAGGAGGUGGAGUUUCGUCAUUAUAGUUUGAAGGUGGUGCCUGUGGGCAUGAGUCGAGGGGUGAAGAAGCUUAUGCAGGAGAAGUUUCCCAACAUGAGCAAGCUGGAGGACAUCAGUGAACUCCUUAUGAAAGGGGCAAAUCUUUCAGAAAGUGAGGCGGAGCAGGAUGGUGAUCACAAUAUUACAGAGCUGCCUCAGGUGUACUCCGGUCGCGGAAACAUGGCCUCACAGCAGAGUGCCGUUCGGCUAACCGAGAUCGGCCCUAGGAUGACUCUGCAGCUGGUGAAGAUUUUAGAAGGCAUGGGAGAUGGGAACGUGCUUUACCAUUCCAUCGUUUCAAAAACCGAGGAAGAUCUGCAAGAGAUGUUGUUGAGGAAGGAGGCGCGUCUAAAAGAGAAGGCAGAGCGGAGGAGAAAGCAAGAACAAAACGUCGCCCUGAAGAAAGAAAAAUGGGAUGAGAACAAGAAAAGGAGUUUGGAGGGCAUCAAGAGAAAACGCCAGCAGGAAGGGCAUGUGUCGGACGACGACGAAGUUGAGGAUCCUGGAAAACAGGGGGACCAGGUGCCAGCCGAGGACUCUGAGGAUGAAGCGGAUUAUUACAGACAGGCUGUUGGGGAGGAACCAGAUGAAGACAUGUUUCCUGCUGCAAAGAGGAAACGCGGCCCUGGCAAAUCACCCGCACCUUUCAAGAAGAGGAAGCUUUCACCAAGAAAGGCUCCUCCCCAAGACAAACCGAAUUUUAAGUCUUCUGACCGAAGAACGAACGCUGGAGGAAAACGUUUUGGGGUUAGAAAGGUGACAGAGGGAAAAAGCAAGUUUAGAAAAGAUGACGGUGGUAAGAAGUUUGGCAAAAAAGGAGAAAGGGGAAGUAAGUUUGCAGGAAGGAAAUCAGGAGAAGGAGGCAAGAAAUUCGGAGGGCAGAAAACGUUUAAAGGACGUGCUGUUGUGAAACGGCAGAAAGGCGCUGGAGGCAAAAAGGACUUCAAACACAAGAAAGGAAAGAGCUGA